AUGUUAUACACUGCUGAAAACGCCAACAGUUCAGCCUACGACCCCCGGCACUACCACCUCCGAAUCCCAAUUCUCUCCGGCCAAGUCGACGACAGAGACGAGGAGCCCGAGCAGCAGGAUGACACUGCCGCUGCCGCAGCUGACGACAACGAGCAGGCCGGUAACGAGACGAGCUUGGCGUCUGCGUCUUCCGGUGCGUCGAGCUACGUGGCAUACAAAAAGACCAAUACCCUGCCGACAGCGCCUCGCAGGCCAUCCUAUGGGGCGACUUCACCCACCUCUUGGGUCACCACGAACGCUAAUGGGGCCGUUCUCUUCAACUGCGGAUGGCCAAACUGCCAUGCGGCGCCUCAAAGCCGGAAGAGAAUGAACGAACACUUUUUUAGCCACCGGGUUCUUCUUUGGCGGGCUGCCAACGCGGCCCUCAACGCGGCCUAUGUGGUCAAUACGCAGAACGGCGGUCGACGAUGA